AUGGCGAUGUUUGCUGAGGCCAAAGAGGCUGAGGGUGGAAUCCAAAAGUGGAAGAAAGAGAAGGAGGAGAAAGAGAAAGAGGAAGAGGAGGCAGCAGCGGGGGUGUGGGUGGGUGAGGAGGCUCUGAGGAAGGCCCGGGCCGAGGGCCCCGUGGAGAGCAAGCUGGAGUUGCACCCACUGCUGAACAGGUGGGCUCUGUGGUUCUUCAAGAAUGACCGCAGCAGGGCCUGGCAGGACAACCUGCAUCUGGUCAUCAAGUUUGACACCGUGGAGGACUUCUGGGCGAUGUACAAUAACAUCCAGCUGGCCAGUAAGCUCUCUUCCGGCUGUGACUACGCCCUGUUCAAGGAUGGCAUUGAGCCCAUGUGGGAAGACAGCAGGAAUAGGCGGGGUGGCCGCUGGCUGGUCAGCCUCGCCAAGCAGCAGCGCCACAGUGAGCUGGACCACCUAUGGCUGGAGACGCUGCUGUGUCUGAUCGGGGAGAGCUUUGAGGAGCACAGCCGGGAGGUGUGUGGGGCCGUCAUCAACAUCCGAACCAAGGGGGACAAGAUUGCCGUAUGGACGAGGGAGACAGAGAACCAGGAGGGCGUGCUGCGCAUUGGGCGUGUCUACAAAGAGCGCCUGGGACUCUCCACAAAGACCAUCAUUGGGUACCAGGCCCACGCAGACACGGCUGCCAAGAGCAACUCCCUAGCCAAGAACAAAUUUGUGGUGUGAGGGGACCCUGGCACCACUGCCCAGUUGGCUGCCCCUGAGUCUCCCACUGCUGUGUGUGUGUGUGUGUGUGUGUGUGUGUGUGUGUGUAAAAGGGGCUGGGCUGGGGGCAGAUGGCAUGGUUCUCACCUAUUCUGGAGUGAAUACGAGCACUCUUUAAUGUGAAUUGGGGCCCGGGACAAGAGGCAGUU